AUGGCUGUGUAUAAACAACUCUUCUCGGCUCCACUGGUAUGUCGAUCAACGACUCAACGUGAUGCGGAGUUUCUGGUCGUUGAUUACGACAGAAAGGGAGCUGGAACCCAGCCGUAUAUGAAAUUUGGAAAAAACGAUCGAAGCCCGCAGCUUGUAAAGAUUACGAAUACGCAUGCAAGCGAGGCUAUGUGUGUUCAAAUUUUUCCUCCGCUUCCAAAGAUAGCCUGGGAUAAGCCUUUCAACAACCUCUGGAUGACGAUGGAAAAUGAUUGGCGUCUUGAAAUCGAUGGUGAAGUUGUGCCUUGGAGACUUCGAACAGGCAUUAAAGAGCCACGUUUCAAGAUGCUAGUCUUGGACGCCGGAGUGACAAAGGAAAUACAAGUGGUGGCAAAAACCGUUGAACCAGGACCUUAUGGUUUGACGAUUGUUUCGUGGUGUAAAGGCCAGACAGUUGCCGACGAAGCGUGCGUUUCUAUGCAGAAAUAUGGAACACCGUUUCGUCGAGGCGUUAACGGCAUCACAUCACUGAAUAAUGAUGCUAAAUUCUUCGCAGAGUUUUGCGAACAAUGUGUCAACGUGACCGAUGCCGCGCUUCAAUUGGAAUCAGGUAUCGGUGAGAUAUCGGUAACACCUCGCGAACAGCACAUCUUCGCGGUGCUCGAUGGAGUAGUCGAGGCGGUGUCACGCUCGCCAUCACCAGGAUUGUCGACGCCAUUGACGGUUUUAACCCCAAUCACUUUCACCAACACGAAAAGCUCUACUCCAUCUCCAAAACAAAAGCAAGAUCCGGUUUUGGUGCCACUUCCUGAUUUAACAGCCGCUCAAUUACAGGGCAUCACCACUUCGACGUUUGUGUCACCCACCGUCUCACAUAUGGUCACCGCAACGCCAAAUAAAGAAAACAGAAAAAGAAAUCGCCGAUCGGGCUUCUUGCUUCGAAGGGGUUGGCUCAAAGUGGCUGAGAAAGAAGACGACCACGCAAUGCAACCUAGCACAUCAAAGUUAGAGGAUCACGAUGUGGAUUUGGAAGAUAAUUUUCUUGAUUACAAGAAGCCGACCACCAACACUUUUCAAUUACCUCCAGGAUUUCGA